AGCAGGCCAAUGACAAGUUGUUGGUAACUCAGCAGCCCUGUCGUCAAACAUGUAUCUUUUGAUAAUGAAAAAAAACAACUUCACUCUGAAUAUUAUCAUUAGCCUUACAUUAAUUGUUAUAGCCGAUUGUCAUUCGUCUAAAGCCAAUGUAUUAUUUGUCCCACUGUCUGAGCUUGUGAAGAGAGGUGAAAGAUACCUUGAACCAAUUGACAAGGUGAACAUUGAUAGGAAUGAGGAGGCCAAGACCAUAUCAGUUCGCUGUACAGAAUCGGCCAUGGACAUAAACAUAAAAGCAGACUUCUUUGCCACUGGUGUGCCCGUUGACGUGGAACACCUUGCUCUUUUGGGGAAGAUGCCUGUUGACAAAACAUGCAGGGCCUUUGCGUUUGACGGAUAUUACAAGAUCGUCGCCCCGCUGACUGAAUGUGGCACUAGAUUAUUGGCCACAGAAGAUGCUUUGGUCUACAGUAACGUUCUCGUGCAUUUCCCAUUACCUUCUCCUGAGGACCCGUGGAGGAUCGCGCCUACAACUGUUUCUGUCACGUGCUAUUACCGCAGGAGAUACAGUGCUAGCAGUAAGAUCUUGAAACCCACAUGGGCACCUUUCUUGUACACACAGGCCAUGGAGGAUUCCUUGGAAUUUUCUCUGAAAAUCUUGACUGAUGACUGGCUCCAUGAGAGGACCUCAGGAAUCUUUUAUUUGGGUGAUGCCAUAAACGUAGAGGCAGCCGUUGAUGUGACCAAUCAUCCGCCACUCCGGCUUUAUGUAAACGCCUGUGUGGCCACCCUCAAGCCUGAUGUGAACUCUGUUCCCAAAUACACCUUCAUAGACAACCAGGGGUGUCUGACUGACGCCCUGCAGACUGGCUCGAGCUCCCGAUUCCUACCACGCAAGCAUGCCAACCGACUGCACUUCCAGCUGGACUCUUUCGUGUUCUUUCAAAGGGAUCCCCAUCCGCUGUAUGUCACCUGUUACCUGGAGGCUGUUCCCACUGAGCAAUGGGCCCCCGUGGACCUCAAGAAGAAGGCUUGUUCCUUUAUUGAUGGCCAAUGGCGCUCUGCUGAGGGCUUUGAUGAUGUGUGUGGCAGCUGUGGCCAUGCCAAGAUGUCUGGUGAAGGACAGGGCAAGAUGAAACAGGGCAAGGAAAACCAACACCCCGGGAGACUGGAAGAAAAGGCUGCUCUAGGACCAUUUCUUGUGCUCUCCAAAAGUGACGUCAAAUAGUAUCCAAUAAAAUCAGUCUAAAUAA